GGGCCAAGGGGGUACAGGUGGCACCAGCACCUGUAGAAGUACCAAGAACAGAGAGGAGAUCAAGAUCACGAACAGUCACUUCGCGCGGUGCUUCGCCGCCACGACUGGUGGCGCCAACACAACGGGAUCCGAGACAGGUUGAGUUGAUGAGAGCCAGGGAUAUCCAACGGGCCCAGGCGGCCACAGCAGCGGUUCGCCAGAUGGCGGCAGUUCCGCCGAGACCAGCGUUAGUAAGAUCAAACUCGGAGAGGGCGCCGGCACGACAUGUCGAAAUCGUCACGCCAAGGCAGCAACCCGUGAGACAGCAACUCGUGAGACAGCAGCCCGUGAGACAGCCAGCCAGGACGGCAGAAAGAACGGCACAAAGAAAUGUCGAGAGACCACAACCACAGCCGCCACCAGCACCGCCACCAGCGCGGCCGGCAGAGAGGACCACGCGCGAGCGAGUUGUAGAGAGAAUGCAGAUAAGGCCUGCCAGGAGACAGCACAUGCGAACGCAAUCCGAACAACUGGAUCGGACGAGACAAGUGGACGUCAUACCAGAAGCACGGAGACAAAGCUUGAGGGCGCCGGUUCUACCUGCACCGGUUCUGAGAGCACUACAACCGCAGCCACAACCGCAACCACAAGCAGGGAGGCUAAUAUUGGAAUUCGAACUUGGGACCAAACCACCAAAACUGUUUGUUGCGAUGAUUGUUACUGUUUUGGACCACACACUGAUGAUUGUUGACAGAAUCGUAUGCGUUACCUGCAUGGAUGACGAAACCCCAUCGACGGAAGCGGCGAAGUUGGCUUGUGGGCACUGGUUUUGCAACGAGUGCUUAAAGCGACUCUUUAUUCUUUCCCUGACGGAUCCUGCUCACAUGCCACCGAAAUGCUGCACACCAGACCAUAUCCCUCUGAAGCACGUCCAGAAUCUCCUGUCGUACCAGAAUAAGAAACUGUGGAAUACCAAGUACCUCGAGUUUACGACAGCGAAUCGGAUAUACUGCCCGAGUAUCAACUGCGGUGAAUGGAUCCAGCCGAAGCAUGUCCAGGACAACGUCGGGCAUUGCCAGAAGUGCGCAUUCGCUGUCUGUGUGACGUGUAAUGGUAGGGCACAUGGUGAUGAGGAUUGCCCGCAAGAUCCGGAAAUGCUCAAGUUCUUCGAGACUGCCGAGAAGCAUAAGUUUCAAAAGUGCUACAGUUGCAGGGCGAUGGUGGAGCUCGAACGUGGCUGCAAUCAUAUGACCUGUCACUGCACUGCGCAAUUUUGCUACGUGUGUGGAUCAAAAUGGAAGUCGUGUGACUGUCCCUGGUUCAAUUAUGAGCCCGGUGAAGCUGAGCGAGAGGACCGACUCCGCGCAGAAAACGCCAUCCGAAGGCUAGGACGGGGUAGAAUCGCAGGCCCCGCUGGCAAUGAUCUCCCGCGCGCGCUCAACGACAUCCCUGCAGUGGACCCGUUUGCCGCUCUGGGGGCCCUCGGCUUGGGCCUUCGAAACGGAAUUCGGCGUCUGGCGGCCGGCAAUGCCGAGCCGAUUGAACGGCCAGCGGCCCCUGACCGCCGGAGAACAGACCCGCUUCCACCAGUUGCUGGUCCCGCGGGUCCGGCGCGCAACGACGACCGUGAGCUAAUGCGGCAGAACAUGCGGGGCCUCCUUAACACUGGCCCCGGCCUCGGUCUGGGCCUUGCGCGGGUCAACGGCGCCGCAGCCUUCUACGGUGCUGCGGCUGCCGGCCGUCCCGCCCCCCCACAAGCUGCGCCUAUCAACGCGCAGGCUCCACCGCCCCGCGUGCAGGCGCAAGAUCCUGCACCUGCGCUUGCUGCCCCGCGCAGCAACUUCCUGACCGCGUCGCAACAGGCGCACGUCGAGCGCUACAUCGCAGCCGUAGACCUCGAAGACGCCGAGCCAGCCGUCGAGUCGCCAUUCCAGCAGGCGGCUGGCACCGACGACGACGAGGAGCCGGCUGCCGUUGUUGUCGUCGCGGAACACACGCAGAUGCGAAGGGCAAACACUGAGCGGGCGGCGCCGAGACAGACGGAGUACAUCCGCCCGCCGAGGAGCAGCAGCGCGACGAGGAAGAGUGCGGAUGUUGGCGGAAGUGGAAGUGUAAGGGCCGGGUUGGGCCCAAACGGCAUCGGGCUCAGUGUCGAACAGCUCGUGUCCGGGGGCGCGGGCGAUGCAAGGGCAAGUGGGUCUAAUCUCUUGCAGCGACGACUGUGAUGUGAUGGUAUAAUUUAUGACAUGGCAUGAGCAACGCCUUCGCUUCUUCUUCUUCUUCUUCUUCUUCUUUGUUUUAAUAUCCGUCGGUGGCAUUGUAUUGGAUUCUUCGAGGAGUUUUUUUAUUUCAUUUCGAUGGCGCUUUUUGUGGACUCGACUCGACUGGACUGGACUUGACACGAUUAUAUCAGAAGGGGGGGGACUUGUUU